UUUUCAUCAGCUGGUUUCUCCUAGGCGGGUAGAGGCUCAUCUACCUCUGCGUUGCGCUCUUGAAUUCUCCAGGGGUCCUUUGAGGUUGCCAAAUAUGGCUGCAGUCGUUACCAGACACAAGCAUUUCAGUCAAGACUACCGCAGUACUGAGUCUAAAUAUGUUGUUCGGGAAUACACAAGCUCUGCAGCUGAAGAGAUUCAAUAUCAAUACCAGACAGAGAAAAGAAUCAAGGGAGUGGUGGAGAAGAAGAUGCCUGAGAAAUAUGUCCGCGAGGAGUCGAUGAUCAGGGGCCCAAAGUUCGUGGUGCGACUGAGGUCCCACACAGUGUUUGAGAACACUCCCAUUAAACUGUUCUGCUCUGUGGAGGGAUACCCCACCCCACACGUCAAAUGGUUCAAGGAUGACGUCAUCUUGGACACUUCCUCUGGAAAGUGCUUUGUGGAGAGCAACGCUGGACUUCAUGCCCUCACUAUCCUCAAGUGUGGAACUGAUGACACUGCGAUGUACACGGCUGUUGCCUCAAACUUGCACGGACAGGCAUCCUGCCAGGCCUCCAUCAUUGUGAAGAGGUGCAAAGAGGAAGAAAAGACCUCUCCUUAUUCCUGGAUGCCUUAUCAGUAUGCGAUUUUACCUGAAAUCAAGUAUACAAAGAUUAACAUCACCUUCCUUGAGACGUUUGAUGUGACCUUUGGAAAAGAAGGUGAUAAGGUCACUUUGACAUGUAAGAUGACCAUCAGCCCCAACUUGGCCAACCUGCAGCCUGAGGCUUUGUGGUACAGAGAUGAGCACCUCCUGAAAGUGUCCAAGUGGGUGAAAAUGGAGUCAGGGGGAGGUGUCGCUCAGCUCACACUCACUCAACUUGCUAAAGAUGAUGAGGGUCUUUACACCCUCCGCAUGGUGACCAAGGGAGGGGACGCUGUCCACAGUGCUUACAUCUACGUUGAAGAUGGUCCACCUCCAGUUCCUCAAGCUCCAGGAGCCCCGAUGGACAUCAAGAUCCAUGAUGCUAACAGAGAUUAUGUCAUUGUGUCCUGGAAACCUCCUAACACGACCACUGAAGGCCCCAUCAGUGGAUACUUUGUUGACAGAUGUGAAGUAGGAACAGAGAACUGGGUGCAGUGUAAUGACUCCCCUGUGAAGAUCUGCAAAUACCCUGUGCAGGGGCUCUUUGAAGGACACUCAUAUUACUUCCGUGUGCGUGCUGUCAACUCGCGUGGCAUCAGCAGACCCUCCCGAAUAUCCGAGCCCAUUGCUGCUCUGGACCCUACAGAGUUUGAGAGACUUCAUGCCACAAAACUUGGUGGAAGACUCAACGUUGUGACUUACUAUGAUGAUCUUGAAGCCGAGGGAAAAGCUCCGGGACCUCCCUCUAAAGUCUGCGCUUCAGAGACGGACCGAACAUAUGUUGUGCUCAGUUGGGUUGCUCCAGUCUACCAUGGCAAAGCCCCCAUGUGGUAUUACAUUGAGAAGCUUCAGGUUGGAAGUGGAUCCUGGCAGAGAGUGAACACUAAAGUUCCCAUCAGAUCUCCUCGCUAUGCUGUCUUUGACCUAUCUGAGGGAAAAGAGUAUCAGUUCCGUGUGCUGUCUGCUAAUAUAUACGGCACCAGCGAUCCAUCAGAACCCACCAAAUCUAUAACAACACUGCAACUCAAGGGUGUGCCGUCAGCUCCUGGACAAGUCGUUGCGACGAGGGAGACCGACACCUCUGUUCUCAUCCAGUGGGCGCCUCCAAAGGAUCCCAAUAACCUGAUUGGAUAUUACAUUGAUUCUUGUGUGAAAGGCUCUAAAGACUGGACUUCAGCCAAUCACAAGCCCCAUAAGAAGACCAAAUUUGUUGUGCACGGUCUGACCACUGGCGAGACGUAUGUAUUCAGAGUGCAAGCCAUCAAUGAGCUGGGCCUCAGUGACGAAUCGCAGGAAUCCGCCCCUCUCACUGUGAGAGCUGCUCUUAAAUUGCCCUCAGCUCCUUAUGACAUCUCUCUUCUGUAUUGUGAUGGGGAAUCCAUGGUGCUCAACUGGAAGCAGCCCAUCCAUUCUGGAGGAGCAGAGGUCACUGAUUAUUACAUUGACAAAUGCAAUGUUGCCAGGCAGGUGUGGAGAGAGGUCAACAUCCCACCCAUCAAGGAAAGAUUGCACAAGGUUGGGGGUCUGACUGCUGGGUCAGUGUAUCAGUUUAGGGUUUAUGGAGCUAGUUUGGUUGGAUUGGGUAAUGCCUCUACCCCUAGUGCUCCCUUCACAUGUGAAGCAUGGACCAUGCCUGAGCCAGGUCCAGCCUAUGACCUGACGUUCACUGAGAUAAGAGAUGAUUCUUUGGUGGUGGAAUGGAAGGCUCCAGUCUACAGCGGGGCCAGUGCCAUCACAGGAUACUUUGUUGAGAUGUCCAAGAAAGACUCUGAUACUUGGAGCAAAGUAAAUGAAGCUCCAGUCAAUCACUGCUAUCUCAAGGUCAAAUGUCUAGAGACGGGUGCAUCUUAUGUGUUCCGUGUGCGGGCAGAGAACGGCAAGGGUGCUGGCAUGGCUUCAGCACCCUCUGACCCUGUGGUUGCCAAGGCAGUGCCAGGUGCACAGGAAAUCAAGUGUGGCGUCAAUGAGGAAUCAGGCGACAUUUAUCUCUCUUUCGAGAGCUGCCAAAUCACAGAGAAAUCACAGUUUAUGUGGAAGAAGUCCUACCAAGAAAUAACUGACUUUUCCAAGGGAAUUGCCGUGAAGACUUCAGGCAGCCACUCAACUUUGCUUUUUAAAAACCCUGACAAAGAAGAUGUGGGUACAUUCUCUGUGUCUGUUACUCAUACUGAUGGUGUCUCUGCCAGCUACAAGAUCUCAGCAGAAGAGUUGGAGAAAAUGUUGGCCCUCAGCUAUGACAUACGCAACCCAAUUAUUCCUCUGAAGACCGAACUGGCCUAUAAGAUUCUCGAGCGAGGCCGUAUGCGCUUCUGGCUGCAAGCUGAAGGCAUCUCCUCUGCUGUGACGUACAAAUUCUUUGCCAAUAACAAGGAGCUUGUCAACUGUGAGCAAACUAAAAUGAGUCACGAUGCAGCUACUGGCAUUAUUGAGAUGGUAAUGGACCAUUUCACAGAGGACAGCGAGGGCACUUUCACCGUGCAGAUUCAAGAUGGCAGAGGCAAGGCCCAGUCCUCUCUGGUGUUGAUCGGAGACGCCUUCAAGGCAGCACUGGCCGAGGCGGAAUACCAAAGGAGGGAGUACAUUCGCGUGAAAGAGGGGCCUCAUUUCAUGGAGUUUCUGUCCGUCAGUGUUGCGGAUAAUGCCUCUGUCACUCUUGUCUGCAAGGUGGCUAAUUUGAAGAAGGAGUCUGUGUUCCAGUGGUACAAGAACGAUGUGGAGGUGAUCCCUGAUGUGCCUGCUGACUUGAGCUCAGGAGUCUGCAAGUUCCCCAUCACUCAGUUCUCCAAGAAGGAUGUGGGACUAUAUAAAGCAACCAUCACAGAUGACAGAGGCCAGGAUGUGUCACAAAUUGAUAUUUCUGGGAAAGCUUUUGAUGACAUCAUUAAUGAGCUGUCUCAUAUCUCUGGAUCCAGUGCCGCUGAGCUGUCUAUUCAGAGCACUGCAGAGGGCAUUAUGCUUCAGUGCCAUAUGAAAUAUUACACAGAGGAGAUGAACAUCCAGUGGAAACAGAAGGAAUCUAAAAUCACCACAUCAGACAGGAUGCGAAUUGGUGGGAAUCCAGCGAUGGCCACUUUGGAGAUAGUUGAGCCUACUGAUAAGGAUAAAGGGAUGUACACCAUUGAGAUUGUGGAUCCUGAGAAGACACACGCUCGUACCCUUGACCUCUCUGGACAAGUCUACGAGAAUGCCUAUGCAGAAUUCCAGAGACUCAAAGUUGAAGCAUAUGCUGAAAAGAAUCGUGGGAAAGUUGUUGGUGGUCUUCCUGACGUUGUAACAAUCAUGGAAAAGAAGACCCUGAGCUUGACCUGCACAGUCUGCGGUGACCCUAAACCUCUGGUUAGCUGGUCAAAGAACGACCAUGAUGUCGAGCCCAGCGAUCAGUACGUCAUCGCCUUAGACUCUGGCAAGUUCGCCAGCCUCACCAUCAAAGGCGUGUCUCUCGAAGACUCCGGCAAGUACACCAUGACCGUGCAGAACAAGUACGGUGGCGAGUCAGUGGACAUCGUUGUCAGUGUGUACAAACACGGCGACAAGAUUCCAGAAGUAAAACCCUCCGUCUCGCCCAUAAGAAUCGUGCCUCCCACGGGUCCGAUUGCAAUUCCCACUUCCAUGGCUGCCAGCCCCACCCCUGCUUCUGCUUCCACCAAGUCUCCAGCCCCAGCCCAGAAUGGCAAAUCACCCACCCCACCCCGCGGCAUGAAAUCCCCCACCCCUACCAGGAAGAAGUAACGCCCUUGUGCUUUCCUCCCAAUCGCCCUGACAGCAUAGAAAUGACUAGAUUUGCAUCCCCUAAAGGAAACAGCAAUGCUUGCAAGGCAGCAAAAGAAUAGUGUCAAAGUUUUAGGUAAGUUUAGGUAAGUAAGGUUUUCGGUUUUGGUUCUGUGUAAAUGAAAUGCCACAUCAGAGCAGCCUUAUUGCGGUAAUGACACUCGGUAUAGGUCUUGUUUAUAGUGACUGCAGGAAUCUGCACAUAGUUGCUGUUCUGUUAUAAAUGGUAAAAAGGUAAUUCUACGUUAAAAUACUUUCUUUAAUUGCAGCAGAGUAAGAGAGACACCUAUACAGUCAAUAAGUCAUCUGAAGGCUGAUAUCCCCGAAAAGUGUAAACAUUUUGGCUCUAUCAAAUGGCUCUGUUUGAGCACCCUGACCAGCCUGAUAUUGCAACAAUGGCUGAACCAAUGUCAUGAGUUUGAGGCAAAACUAUCUGUUCAUCCAAUGAAAGAAGGGGGUAGUACUCGGAAAACCUGGUUUGAGAACUAUCAUUAUGAAGUGGCAACUGAAUUACACACUUCAGCUUUAAAUAUUUGAAAGGAAGACAAGACCAGUCACCAUUCAGAAUGCAAAUAGAUUCAAGAACGAAGAUCAGUCACAUUCAGUGUUAUGAUGACAUCAUCGCUGUCAGAAAUAGAGAAUAAAAGUCUGGUUUCAGAAGUGAAAUUCUCCAUAGGGGAACAGAUUUUUAACAAUUACUUAUAAACAUUUAAAGACAGACAUACUGUGAGAUCUGAGGUUGUUAAUCAAUGGUAUAUGCUUCUGUUGACACAAUUAGUCCAUGUUAUUUCAAAAUGUGUUUAAAAAAAAAAAUAAUGUUUUAAUAGUAAAAUUCCUAGUGAAGAACUAUACUAACCUUGAUCCUGAAGAGAAAGCACCACUAAUUAGAGAAUCACUGCCAACAAAGUGCACCAAAAGAGCUCUGCAGUGACCAUUGACUCCCAUUACGCACUGUGAAUGACUCAAUUGAAUCGGUCUCCCUAAACGCUCAAACUACUUGUGUAUAGUAUAUAUCUGUAUACUUUGCAAUAAAUGUUAAAUAUAUUGAUUCUAUACUUAUGAUAAAAAACUUUAAAUCAAUAGUUUUAUAGUGAGUAGUUUAGUAUAGUACUAUAGUAAUAGUUUAGGUGAGUCUAUCGUUUUUAUUUCGACUAGGUCAUUCGCACUGCUUCAUGGGAUUGUAGGUCAUCCCCUCAUUAAAGACUUUUAGCACACAGUCAACUUUGUUUUUUUGUCCGAUUUUCAAAUAUUUUUGCUUCAAAUCAUAGUGUGUAAUGUGAUUCAUCUUGGAGCUGGUUGGUUUGGUUCAUGGCUUAAGGCGAGGUCACAUUUACCUUCGCACGGCAAAAUUCUGCGGGCGAAAUACAGUCAUCUCAAUGGUAAUCCGUAAAAAGCAGCACCCACAGAGAGGUCAAUGCCAAACCAAACAACUUCCUAUUGGUCAACAUGGCAAAAUCGUCAGUCAAAGUUCAUCAAACUUGAUCUGCACCCGAAAUCAGCAAGGGGAAAUUCUUCACCACCAGAAGUCCAUUGCACAAAAUACACGAUUGCACGGAUUCUCAUUAAGAUUACGGUAAAUUUGACCGCACCAUUACAACUCUUUUAUGAAAUCCCCAUGGAAAAAAUUAAUGGGAAAAAAACUUCUAGAGCCACAACAGCUGAAAAUGUAGGCAGGCACUGUUGUGCUCUUUUGGCUGCAGAAGUUUAAAAGUUAGGGUUAGAGGUUUAGAAAAAACCCUAACCAUAAUGUUUGAGGAAUAUCAAUAUAGUGCUGCCUUGCAAGCAUUGUUAUUAAACUGUAGUGUGAGUCAGGUAAUAAUGGAAAUAAUUGAAAAGUAGAUAGCAUUUUUCACCAAAGAUGCAUCUUCAUGUCAAAAUGAGCAACUGUCUAGUACGAAAGAGAGUGGGAAGUAUGUGUUAGGGUGGGUGGGGCAAGUUAUAUUAAGUGCUACGAGAAAAUGUGUGAAACAGUUUGUCAUCUGGGUUGCCUAGGUUGAGUGGGCCUCUAAUGAAUUUGUCUCUCUCUCCCCGGAGGUGCAUGGAGAAAAAGCUUUGAUAUUAGUUUAGUACAUAUCUGUUUUAAAGGCAUAGUUCACCUAAAAAAAAUUAUCUUAUAGGGAGGGACACUGUCCUGCAGACUUUAGCGCCAACCCUAAUCAAACAAACCUGAGCAAACUAAUCAAGGUCUCCAGGAUUACUUGAAAAAAUUAAGGGCAAGUGUGUUUGAUUAGAUUGGAGCUAAUCUCUGCAGGACAGUGGCCCUCCAGGAGCAGGGUUCCCCACCCCUGCCCUAACACCUAAACUUAACCAAUAGUGUCCAAAAAGUAAAUGCGACAUGAAAAGCACAUUUAAUGUAGCAACCACGUAAUUUUAUAUCGCUUCUAUUACACUUUCGGAUCACGUGUCAAUUUAUGUGCUUCGCUGGGCUCAAGCUACAGUCUUUUGAGUCCAAAGUCCAACACUCUAUCAGGUGAGCUACCGUGCAAGCUAAUCAUACUGGAAUAAGUGUGUAAAUGUAGGUGAGUCUGUAAUACAAGCGUUAAAAUGUAUUGUUUUUUCAAGUGAUGCUUUAGAGUAAAGUGUUUCAAUAUCAUUGAAUAGAGUGCCAGUAAUAGAGUGAAAAAUAAGUGUUUUUAAAGUCAUAAUCAGCUGUUGUACUCGUGAUUUCUGUGUAAGUAAAUAAAAUGCACAGUUGUUGUAGCUCCUCUAACGUGCUAAUUUCACCAGGAGACUGCAACGAAACGUUGAAUGCGGCACGUAAAAGUCAGUUUGCAAAAAUGUAGUUAUAGUAACUUUCAUUCUGUGAGACUAGGUUGACACUAUCGUAUGGCUUCAGAACACUUGGAAUAUAUUACUCAAGUCACAAGGACUACUUUUACAGUUUUUUUUAUGGUGUUAUAAUGACAAAACUUUCUUUAUUUGGGUGAACUAUCCCUUCAAGAGCUGCUCUUUCAAUUAGCUAGUGGAACUGAAAGCUUUUGUUUUCUGGGUGGAUGGAUGGUCUGAGAGAGCAGGACCUCCACUUAACCCCCAGCGGCGGCCACACGAGCCCAUCAGCACACUAGAUAAAUAUCCUCUCAACCUCUACUCUUUUUCCCCUGGUUUUGUGUUAAUAAAAGAGGUAGAAAUCA